GAGAGGGAGGAGAUGCGCGCGGUGCGUUACAGGGACGGCUCUACUGCCACUUUAAAACCCCACAAUUAAUCCAAAUGACCAAGCCGAACAUUUUUGUCCCGUGGGCAGGGAGCACGGAGGAAUAUAUUUGGAGGGGAGUUGAUAUUCUGAGUUUGUAUGCUGUGGAGCACUGAUCCAGAUGUCUUCUGAAUGUACGUGGUCGGUCCUUCUCAUAUUCCACUUCAUCCUGGCCGCAGGUGCAGUAGGAGGAACGGUGUGCACUGUAAAGUCAAGUGGAGGCAAAGAAGUCCUUGUAGGUUCCAAUUUCACCGUCUCUUGUCUCUUCAAGAAUCAGUGUACCAAAUUAAUUUUUCAGGAUAAGAAAAAAUUGAUGCAUGUAGAGUUUAAUUCAAGUGUGGUGUCGGUGGAUGUUAAGAAUUUAACAAAGUUCAGUAUCUUCACCUGUAAGUGCAUGAAGGACCCAGAGCCAUGUGGAAUUGACAUCACUCCAGGACACCCACCAAGCAUUCCAGAAAACCUGACUUGCAUUCGGAAAACAGAAUUUGGCAAUGUCAGCUGCACUUGGAAAACAGGAAGGGAUACCAAAAUCACAACCACAUGUCAGUUACGGGUAGAAGGGGUUCCAGACUUUGUCUAUAAGAGUGUUAUGAACUCUGCAGGGUUUUGUUCAGCCACAUUCCCCAUCAUUGGCUCAAUGUCCCAUCUCAUUGUGUGGCUAAAUGUUUCUAAUAGCUUGGGCUCAACAACCACAGGUCCUCACACCUUCACCCUCAGCAACAUAGUAAAACCCUCAAGGCCUAAUAUCAGGCAUCUGGAGUGCUCCUCCCAAUACUGCAGCCUACACACCAACAAUCACGGCGCACAUUUGCACUUGUUUGAGGUCAAAUACAGAGGAGAAAAUGAGACCUGGAAAAACCUCCAGACUGAUGCAGAGAGCAGUUUGAACAUAUCCUCACUGCAGCCGCAUACCAAUUAUGAGUUCCAGAUCAGGAGAAAAAUAAACCAUACAGUAGGUCUGUGGAGUGAUUGGAGUCUGGCAAAAACAGCAAAAACAAAAGAAGAAGCUCCUGACAAGGUGCUUGAUGUCUGGUACCUUCAAGAGCACUCGCAAUCUCAAAACAAGUGUUUUUUAAUAUUUUGGAAGGAACUGAGCAAAUCAGAUGCCAAGGGGGAGAUCCAAAUGUAUAAUAUAAGUGAGAAGAGGAUGAAAGUGAAGUCAAUCAUUGUAGGACCUACCAGAAGACAUUAUAACAUCUGCUGCACUUACUGCUCUGUGUCAGUAUCUGCCAUUAACUCAGUGGGUCAAUCUCCUGUCAGAUUUAUUGAGCUGCGCUCUCUAGGUCUGGUUUCAGGUUUUGUGUCACACAAUACCUUGAAUAAUCAUAGUAUUGCCCUCUUCUGGUCAACACUCGCCAUUGCAACCCAUAGAACUGAGUAUGUGUUGCACUGGUAUCCAGUUGGACGUAGAGAUCGGCUUGAGUGGAUUAGAGUGGUGGACACCAAAGCUAUCAUUAGAGGUCUCCAUCCUAAAGAAUGCUAUCAGGGGGCAGUUACUGCUUUGUGCUCAUCUGGUUUUAGAAUGGCAUCGAUUGAAGGCAUUUCCACAUGGAAGUCAGUUCCAGAACAGGGUCCAGUUCCCCAACAAAACUGGAAGAAGAGCGAGAGCUUGCAGGUGAAAUGGUCUGAAAUCCCACACGAUAAGAGAAGAGGCUGUUUGACAAAGUAUACAGUCUAUUUGAAGGACAAUGUGAAAGGAGACAUUCAAAAUAACGAUGUGAAAUAUCCAAUGAAACAGUAUACCAUCAGUGGUCUGUCUCCAGGACAUUGCUACAAUCUCUGGGUCACUGCCUGGACAGAUGCUGGGGAGGGACCCAGAGGAAGUGAUCUCCCAUUCUGCACACCAUCAGACACUGAGAAACUACUGUCCCUUGUGAUAUUGGCUGGAGGAGCUGUUCUUCUGACCUGUCUCGUCCUCCUGUGCAUCUGUCAGUUCUCCUGUGUCCAGAGUAGAUUCUUAACUUGCUGUAAGUGCCUGAUGCCCAGAGAUAUUCCAGAUCCAGCAAACAGCAAAUGGGCAAAGGAUUGUGCUAUUGACCAGGGUGAAAUGAAAUUCCCCCUCCACCAAUAUGACUCCAGCAUGAGUGAGGAGCCAGAUACUGUGGAGGUGGAGGUAGUUCCUUAUCCCUCCAGCUUCACCUGCACCUACAUCAAAAGCUUCUCUCAAACAUCUGGCUGCUCUGACACCACCCUGAUCACCAGGAGCUCAGACAUCAUGGAGGAUUACAUUUGCACUCAUGGGGCAAGAAGUGGAGAAGAGGAAGGGGAUGAAUUCAAAUUCUUACCAUGUACAGUCAGCCCUUUACUGGAGCCUCAUUUUCCAUGUGGAGGAAAGUUGACGCUGGAUGUAGUGAAAAUAGACUGCAGUGAGUUUCUGGACUGUACGUGACCCACCAUGGGCAUUCAAAUGUGUCUGCAAUUGUACUAAAACUUCAUGCAUGAGUGAUGGAAAUCAGCACAUGACUUCCCAAAGAUAAUUUGUCUGACAAUGGACAAAUUGAGUGGGUGCCUCAAAUCCAAGCCAUACCAGAGCAGCCCAUUCUCAGGUUGGCCUUUUCGUAGACUUGCACAGCCAGACCUUUGACUAAACAGCAAAAAUCAGGUUCACAUUGCAGCUUAUCAAAGCCUAGCUCCAGAACCAGUUACUGGAAGAGACUGUCUGACAGACAUGUAAAACGACCAACCAGUUUAUGUUUUACAUGCCAUAUAAGGAUGGAUUUAUCUUAAGUACAUUAUGCCACAAAAAGUUCAUUCAAAUGAUGAAUAUAUUUAUAUUAUAGUUACCUUUCUACUAAGUGCCUAUAUAUAUAUAUAUAUAUAUAUAUAUAUAUAUAUAUAUAUAUAUAUAU